UUCGAAAUAUUUCGAACGACUUGGUAAAUUCCAUUCCCUGUUUCGUUCGAGGUGUUUUCAAAUUCGAAUACCUUUCGUUCGGACUGUUUUGUUUUCGAACAUCUUUCAUUCGAAUCAAACCAAACGUCAAACCCACUUUGUUUAUGAAGGAGUGAAUAAUUUCCGCAGCGGAUGAGCGGUGAACUGCAAAAAUGGAAAAAAACAAAAACAAAACAACCACUAAAAAUCAGUUCGAGCGGAUUGUGCUGCUUCUGGAGCAAGAACCGGACAUAGCAAAGGGUUUCUCCCGAGGAAAUUCCGGACCCUUCUGGGAUGAUCUGGCGGCAGAAGUCAAUAGUUUGGGACCGCCUAUUCGCGAUGGAAGUGGAUGGAAAAAGGUUUGGGCGGACUAUAAGUCCGGAUUAAAGCGAAAACUCGCUCACAACAAACGGGAGCAGAGGGCGACAGGUGGAGGACCCAAUAAAAUUAUCAAUUUGUCCGAGCUGGAGGAGCAGGCAGUUCUACUAACUGGGUUACUUGCGACCGUGGAAGGAAUCCCGGGUACCUCAUCUCAUGGAACACAGUUGGGUUCGCCUUCGGGUGAACCUCAAGCUGCAGACCAGGAAAAUUUUAUAUAUUAUGGUACUUCCGACGACGGUAUCAAUAAUACCAUUCACUUCCAGCCCUCUCAGCCGAAAAAAUCCAGACCUUCUACCACGAGGCUAUUAGAGCUGCAAGUCGAGCAACAAAACAAAUUUCACACCAAUGUGAAAUCUCUGUUAAAAAACACAAACAAGAAUUUGAGUGAUCUGGUUCAUUAUCAGCGCCAAUCAGCUCGAGCGAUUCUUUCCGUGGAUGCCACACUCAAAGAACAUCUGAGUGAACAAAAACGACAUAACCACGAGAUGGAGAAGAUCGCGCUGGAGAAAUCAAUAGUCAAGCGACAAAUCCUUGAAACGCAGAUUGCGUAUAUUUCAGAACAUUAGAAUAAUGUUUCAAAAUAUCAGUGAUCUGAUUUUUUAUCUUUAUAUUGUAAC